GUCCGCGACGCUGCUGGCCGGCGGCGACGCGCUGGCGGAGCACCUGCCGGAGGCGGGCGACGUGUCGUGGCGGGCCUUGCGGCCGGCGACGUCGCUGCGGUGGCGCGGCACGUGGCGUCGCACGACGGCGUGCGCGUGUUCGUCGCGUUCUCCGAGUUUGCGCUGCUGCACGCCGACUUCGCCGCCGCGUUCGGUGGCGGUGCGGGCGCCGACCGCGUUGUGUUUGCGACGAGCCUGCCGCACUGGGACGACGCGAACUCGACGUCGGCGACCGCCCGGGAGUUCCUCGCCGCCGUGCCCAACCCCACGCAACGGACGCCGCUCUCGCUGAUGGGCUUCGCUGCCACGCAGCUGCUGCGGACGGUUCUCUCGCGCAUGGACAAAGUGAGCGCUGCGCGGCUGGCUGACUUCUUCUACAACAACGUCGCCGUCACCGCGAAGGACAUGCUGUACGGCCCCUUCGUUAACGGCACGGCGUGUGCUGCGGCUGCGGCUGCGGCCGGCGGUGCUGGGUGCGGCAAGAACUACGGGGCGACGCGCAUUUCUGUGUGGUCGCUUGCCCGUGCGCUGGACCCCGCCGUGCCCGUGCUGUUCCCCGCCGUGACCCCGACGAUGGAGUACGCGGAGCCCGCUGCGCGUAGACCGAAAUUGCAGAAGCUGAACGGCGUCGUCGCCGGCAGCGUCGUUGGCGGCCUGCUGCUUGUGGUCGUGGCGGCUCUGCUGCUGCACUUCUGCCGCGGCUCCCGCGACAACGCGAAUGCGCCGAAGGAGCCGACGGAGCCCGUGACGCUCGUCUUUACCGACAUCGAGGGCGGCACGGCGCUGUGGGCUGCGUGCUCGGAGUUGAUGCACGACGCCGUGGCGUCGCACCACCGCCUGAUCCGCGCGCUGAUUGCGAAGUACCGCUGCUACGAGGUGAAGACGGUCGGCGACUCGUUCGUGAUUGCCUGCAAGAGCGUGUCCGCGGCGGUGCAGCUGGUGCGGGAGCUGCAGCAGGUGUUCCUGCGGCACGACUGGGGGACGGGCGCGCUCGACGAGGCGUACCGCAAGUUCGAGGAGGGCCGGGCGGAGGAGGUCGCGGAGGAGUACGUGCCGCCGACGGCGCGCCUGGACGCCGCGGUGUACCGGCAUUACUGGAACGGCCUGCGGGUGCGUGUCGGGGUGCACACCGGG